AUGUCACUGGACACUGAAAAUGUGGAUAUAGAUCAAAUAUUAAGAUUGAAAGAACUCGUAAGCGACGUAAAUACGAAGCAAAAGAUACAUCAUAAACAUAUUUAUAUCGCCAAUGUAACAUUGUUCAUAGUGAUACAGGUACACGACAGAGCUUUCUACUUGGAACAUCUUCUGCAGUCUUUGGAGAGAGCGAAGGGCGUUUCCAAAUGCAUGAUAAUAUUUUCGCACGAUUACUUCGAUAACGACACCGCCGCAAUUGUUCAGAACACUUACUUUACCAAAUACAUGCAGAUUUUCUAUCCUUAUAACAUUCAAAUGCACCCUAACGUUUUCCCUGGACAAGAUUUCAAAUUCUGUUCGAAAAGUAUGCUAAAUUGUGAAGCCAAUGUAAAACGCAGGGACGCUGAUAAGGCUCAAUUAAAGCAUCGUUGGUGGUGGACCGUCAGUACAGUCUUCGAUAAACUGAAAGCAACCAGAGACUACGAUGGAAAUUUUAUAUUUCUAGAAGAAGAUCAGUAUGUCACUGAAGACAUUAUAUUCAUUGUAAAGCUUGCUGAAAAAAUGUUGCCUCAGAUAUUUCCUAACUUCGAUGUGAUCGCUCUCGGGCCACGCCGUCCCAAAAUACGAGAUUAUCACAGCAACGAUACGCGACUUGAUAUAGAGCCUUGGGGCUUCAAUGAGAACAUUGCCGUCACUUUUAAUAGAUCGUUUUGGAACAGAAUAAAGAAGCUGGGCAAUUAUUUUUGCAGUUUCAACGACUACAGUUGGAGUAAUUCCCUCACACACAUAAGCAAAUACGCAGACGAGGGAAAAUUUCUCGUGGCGGCCGUGAAAAGUGCACGAGUUUUUCGCUUCGAGAUUUGCCAAUAUAGCGACGAUACCUACUGCCACGAGGUUGAGAAAGUUAUCGGUGUCCAGAAAUUCGUUAAGAAAGUGAAGAAGUAUUUAUAUCCUCCCAGCGUAUCGUAUGCAGUUUAUGACAAAGUGAAACCUCGGAUCAAAAUCCUUGGUGGGUGGGAAGACGUAAGGGAUUACGAGCUUUGCAUGUUUUAUACGAGUAAAAUUCAAACUGAUUUAUAA